AAGUUUGACUUCUCAUUACCACUUUCGUUACGCUCUUCAUGUGUUUGUAAUUUGGAGAAGUAAAGAGUGGGAAGUUUCUUGGACAUAAUGAAAGAAAACAUUAGCCGUGGUAGGUUAGAGGGUUAGAGGUUCAACAGUUACUGGCAUUUAUCUGGGAGCCAGACACAAACAUGAACAGCUCGUCUUACUCCAGCUAUAACAGCACAGUCUUAGGGGAUGAAUGGGCCACUGCGGGGGGAGCUGUGGCGUGUGUCAUCCUGUCUGUGUGCUUUGUGGUGGGGACUCCAGGGAACCUGCUUGUCGUGUGGACCAUCAUGAGGCACGUGAAGCAGCGCUCUCAUACUCUGCUGCUCAUCAUGCAUCUGGCUGUUGCUGACAUGCUGGUAGUUGUGACCCUGCCUCUGUGGAUCUACUCUCUGGCUUGGUCCUGGGUUUUUGGUGAGGCUGCUUGCAAAGCCAUGGUGUACGUCAUCUAUGCCUGCAUGUACGCCAGCGUUUUUCUGAUCACCAUUAUGAGUGUGGAACGCUAUUUGGCUGUCAGAUACCCUUUCAAGAUGCUGCACUGGAAAGACAGCAAUGCUAUGAAUCUAAUCCUGGCUGGAGGGUGGACCCUGGCACUCAUUCUAGGACUGCCAGCUAUUUUCACUCAGUCUGUUGAUGAAAGCAUGGAUGGUGUUCAGCACUGCUUCUUCUCAGAGUUUGGAUCAGUGGCCCUGGAGGUCUUUUGUGCAUGUUUGGAGACAUUGAUCGGCUUUGUCAUCCCAUUUCUCACCCUGGCUGUGUGCUAUGUCAAGGUGGCAUCUCAACUUCGCCAGAUGCACAGAAAGAAUAAACAGAAAUCUGCCUUCCUCAUCAGUGCAGUGGUGGUGGCCUUUGCUCUGUGCUGGCUGCCCCAUCAUGUUAUAAAUGUCAUUAAUGUAGCACAGCUGCUUGGAACAUACUCAGAAAAACUGGAAGAAGUGUCAGAAGCAGCAGUGUUCAUCUCUGGAGCGCUAACGUUCAUUAGCAGCUCAGUAAACCCAAUGCUGUAUGCUUUUGCUGCCAGAAACCUCCAAGGUAGUUUGAGGAAGUCAGCGAUGGCCAGGCUCUUCCAGGAAAUUGCCUCAUAUACUGUUCAAUUAAGAGGGACGGAGCUCCAACCAUCUGAAAGUUUGGACCAAGAUACACUCAAAAAAGAGUCUGCAACAGGUGUCUGAGGUGUAUUGUAUGACUUCUGACUUGAACUGUGUUUUUGACUGCACCACAUAUUGAGAACUGUCAUGGUACUGCUAUUAUAAUGCUCAGACUCAAUACAUAGAAUGGUGUUCGUUACUUCUUAUUCAUUCACAAGUUUAAAUUGGUUGUACUUUUGUAGUUGCUUUAUGAAAUGAAACUAACAUUUGUUUUUCACACAAAUCACUGAAUUACAGUAGAAGAUGUUCAUCCUUUUUCAUUUCAUUGACUCAGCACCCUAAGCCAGGACAAAAGGAAGUGAUCAGAAUUCUUGAGAACCAGAUGUCGUAAACAUCAUGUGUUCAGACUAGACACAAACUGUGGUUAGGGCGAUUUUACAGUAAUUGAGCCUGGGUCUUCUUACUAAGAAAUACACAAGUAAAAAACAUUAUGCCUAAUUCAACUGUGUGUAAAUUUCCCAUUCAUUUGGAUCAAAUAUUUUCAUCCUCUUGAGACUUGAACUAUAAUGUGGUGUGCCUUGUAAUUUCUCCUCACUAUUUCUGUUUAUUGGAACCUGAUACCUAUGCAAAUGGAUAAAUUGCUUCACAGAGGAAGAAGUGUAAAACCAGAGAAAUAACAAACUGUCUUCAUGUGAGAUGUCCGGGAGGGGAAAAAGUCUCAUGUCCUCAUAUGUGGACAGUGAGUCUCAAAAGAAGAAUGUGAAAGAGGACAUUGAAUUUUGUUUCAGUUUGUUAUAAUGUUUUUAUAACAUGAGUGAUUUCAGUAUUUCAGGACAAAAUUGCAACGUUUUAGUAAAUGUAAACAAUACCAAAUGUAUUAUCAGUAGUAAUUAACACGAAUGUUUUUAGCAAAUGUAAACAGAUCUAAUAGAUUUUGAAUGCUUAAUUUUAAUUGAUUAGGUCAUGUUUAUUUUAUAUUAAGUAGUUAGUUGUGGCUACAUAAUUUAAAAUCUUAAUUUAAAUAGUUAAAAAUAUAUUUCCUUUCUUACUUUUUAGGUAUGUUCCACUGAAACCUUUGGACAUGGCAAUAAGCAGUAGUUGAAAAAAAAAAUUGUGUUAUGUUUAUAUAU